AAAACUUGAGUGAACAUUUAAACCCGCACAAAAUUUCCACAUGUUUAUAACUUUUUUAUUUGUAGUGAGUGUUACUACGCAUCACUGUAUGUUUAGACUGAUAAAUCUGAACAGCAGUCAUAAUGUCAACAAUUUACGUUUGAAACGAAAGGAAAUUUCUUUGCAUCAUAUCACUAUCUCAACUUCUCUACUCUGACCAUUUCUGAGGCCUCUGUGAAAGCCUGCCAUUACGUUAAUGGACUUGUUUCCUUGAAGUUGAAGUACUCUGACAAGUGAUGACAUAAGGCAUGCGACUGUUUCCUUGACUAGAGCCUCUGGUUGAUUUUAGUGUUCUAUUGGUGGAGUUUCUUUUCCAGAACCUAUCUGACUAUUAAAGAAAUGGAUUCUUUUCCCCAUAUUGGGGCACCUGAACUUGUUUAUGUGAUAUAUGAAAACAACACCACGCAUUAGGUUACUUUCGUAGAUUGGAGUAGCCGAGUAGGUUCUUUUUUCUUUUAUAUAUAAAAGUCUGCAUGUAGCAGAUGUGGUUAACAAAAGCAGUGUUGUGUUAGGAAGUUGAGCAGAUAUAAAAUCCUGGUCAAUUGAGACAAAAUGCCUUUGAAUGACAAAUACUUAUACAGCUGCGCAUUCUAUGGCGAUACUUUUCAGAAUACUGAUGAAGUAUCAAAAAAGAAUUAUAUCAUGUAUUAUUUUAAUUCAAGAUUGUUUUAUUUGAGUCACUUAUAUAUCAAGCAGAACAAAUUAGUUUGACCCCCCGGAAACCUCAUUUGUAGAUAUUAAUUGCUGGUGUAAAAUUUAAAUCACAAUGUUGAUGGAUGCUUCAAUGCAAUAUUUAAGGUUGAAUCAAUCUUUUAGGGUGAUAUAAAAUACAACUGUAUGAAGCACAGCUGGGGGACCCAUGAUUUUGAUGGUUCUGAAAUUGACAGCAAAGCAACUUCACUUCAUAAUCAGUUCUCGACGCAGUUAUCGCUAUCUAGUUCCAACGAUGUGACCAUGAACAGGGAGGAAAUUGCAGCUUCUCAGUGUCCUGACAAGGAGGUUCCAUCAGCCAUCCUUAAUUUGCCACUAAAGAGUUUUAAGCAGGAUGCUACUGAGGAGGAUGUGAUUAGAUGGAGGCUUGAAAAGAAUGGCUUUCCCUUUGUUCUGUCAGACUCAGAGUGCGGUGAUUCUUCAUAUGAUAGUUCUUUCAGCGAACAGUCAUCUACAAUCAGUACCCCAAGCACACCAUUCACAGUACAGUCAGAUACUCAGUCUGUGGAUCUUGACAAAACAGAUAUCUGGGUCUCUUCUUUAGAUCUUGAUGCAGAGGAUUCCGCUUUGCUGCCAAGCAAGGAACAGCUUCUUGAUGGUCUCAGUUCUGACUUUCCAAGCCCUUCUUUCAGUGCAGUCAGAAGCCUCCAAUUUGGUCCUUCCAGUUCUACUCCAGGGACAUCGGAGAGGAAAGAAGCCAACGAGUCUGAUGAACCAAUAUUCUGGCCAUUUGAGCGCACUGCCUACAACAGCCCUGAAUUUGAAAAGUUCCUCAGUUUGUCACCUCGUAGAAACACAAUGGAUAUGGGUUAUGCUGAAGUUCGUCAGUUAAAUCCUGUCUUGCAGAGGCUCCGUAAGAACAAACUAUCUUCAGCAAAGAAGAGCAUUGAACCGCAUCGAGGGAGUGCCAAUUCAUGCCCAAAAGGAACCAAAGUCUCCUCCCAAGAGAAGAUUCAGAAGGCACCUGCAGUUCCGUCCAGAUUGAGCAGGACAACAAAAGCAUCUGCACCCUCCAGUCACCAGGUGCCAAUCAACUGUCAGAGAAGAAGGCCGCCACACUUGAAACUUGGCCCCCCAAGAAAGGUGAGCACUCCAAAAUUAGAGACAGAUCAUCCUCUUAAAGAGACUGGACCACGCGGCAUCCCAAACCUAGCGGACAAGAAGAGUCGGAUCGAAGAGUUGAUUGGAUUGGAUGAGUUUAAUGGCCAUGAAGGCAUCGGUUCGGAUUCUCCAGAUUACCAAUUUUGUCUAUGGUUGUCUCCAAGAUGUCAUGGUACAACAAUCAAGCAUGAGCCAUCUCCAUAGUUCUGUAGCAAUCAGCAGCCUGCUGUGUACCAUGCUGCCGUACGUUGUAGCAAAGGCUUGAUGUGCUUUUGUAAUUGUCGAUGCCGGACCAGUUGCCUGAUACUGGUUACAGGUCAAUUUUUGUCAGUAUUCAUCUUAGUUUCUCUUCGUUUU